ACCAGCUUCAUUGCCUUCAGUCAAGACUGGACUGUUGUUCUGGCUUGGCCGGCCUUGAAUUCGUCGACUCCAAGUAUCCGUCAUUGAUCCGAUAUGUUUGUGUUGAGAGUCAUCUGUCUGCUGUGUACAGGUCUAUCUGUUCAAGCUGGUGACUGCACAGACAGCCAGCACUGCUCCGACUGCGACAGGUACACCGGACACUGUGAUACGGAGUGUAGUGACGGGUAUUUUGGUCUGCAGUGCAAGUCGAUCUGCAGCAAGAACUGCCGACACGGUAAGUGCCACCUCUCCACCACCGGCAACGACGACUGUACCGACGGCUGCGUCCUAGGAUACCAGGGCAACAGCUGCAACAUACCAUGUGACAGUCCAGGAGGUAGCUGUACAGCAUGUCCAGGUGGCUGUGAUGGAGGAUAUUGUCAGGUGGGGUCAUCCUGUGUGUCUGGAUGUGUAGACUCCUACUACGGGACUGGCUGUAAGUCGUGUUCCAGUCGAUGUAAGUCCUGCAACAGGAUGACAGGAACCUGUGCCGAAUGCCACACACUAACCUUCGGCCCGGACUGUGAGUAUUCCUGCGCCAACUGUGUGGGUUCCUGCAAGUUUGGAUGUCUUCAAGGGUGCGUCCACGGAUAUUACGGUUAUGUGUGUGACGCGAACUGUAGUGCCAACUGUCGCCUCAUCCCCAACACAACCCGCGACUCUAGGGGAGAUGGGACGUCUACACGACCUGAGUGUCAUCAGAGAAACGGUGUAUGCGUCCAUGGAUGUGUCGACGGCUGGUACGGUACUCAGUGUUCCUACCAGUGCAACACCAACUGCCUCAACGGCAGAUGCAGCCCUGCUGGCGACUGUGUCGACGGAUGUAAAGAUGGCUGGUACGGUCCGGAGUGCUCCUCACCUUGUAACACCAACUGCCUGAACGGCAGAUGCAGCUCUACUGGCGAUUGUGUGGACGGCUGUGUGACUGGGUAUAUGGGAGGAGAUUGUACAGCAUGUAUGACGGGGUUCUAUGGGGAGUCCUGCAACCAGACGUGUAAUGUAUGUCGCGAUGGUCUGUGUGAUCGGAUGUCUGGGUUCUGCAUUAGCGGCUGCAACACCACCGCUCUCGACUGUGAGCCCGCCUGCAGGAACAACUGCUCCAUAGCUGACUGCCUCACAGGAUCCUGCCACCAAGGCCAUGACAGCAGCUACUCCACCAUCAUAAUGGCAGCGGCACCAACAGCAUCCGUCGUCCUCGUCGUCUUCAUCCUGCUUGCAGUCUGUCUCUGUUACAAUCGUAGUUCUAGAACAACCAGUAUCAAUGAAGUUGACCCCGGACCAGCGUUGAUGGACUACUGUGAGGUCACUGAUGAAGACGUUGACAGAGCUCGGGCAGCGAGGAAGCAGGAAGAAGUAGAGAUGCCGUGUCCAAUGCUGGUGUUGGCCGACUAUUUCCACGACGUAGCCGGGGACGUUGAUGACGACACAUACAGCACACUGUUACCUGGCGUUGACGAUCAGAAAACUGAAGUGAACUAUGUUUCACCGAUAGGGGACUGAGGACUGAGUAGAUAGAUGUAUCUAUAAACAACAGGCUGGUCACUGGUUGGAGUAUACGAUCACCACGGCUUGAUUGGGGAAACAGUCGUAACAGUGGCGGUUCUGGAGAUAUGAUGAUCUGCCUACUUGUACCUCCAGGUCCUACCCACAAAUACCACUAAAGCAGUUUAGAGUAUACAACUUUAUCUUACCUCACACAUAAAUGUCGUUUUCUGAUUGA